GGCCGCGCCAGUCAGUCAGUCACACAGCCCGCGCCAGCCGCGCAACACGCAACCGAGACACUCCGAGCUAACUAUGAAACUAUUCGUGUUCAUCGCGAUCGUCGCAGUCGCGGCGGCCCAGGACAAGCAGCCGCGACCGCCGCAGCACCGCGAACAGUUCCGAGUUGUAUACGAAUGGCGGACUGUGGACUUCGAGUGGGAGUCGCCGGGAGAUCGCGAGACCUCCCUAAACUCCAGCCGCUACAUCCCCCAAAAUGUGUUAAUAUCCGGCAUCAACUUUUACAAAGACAAUAUAUAUUUGACGCUACCCCGGAUGCUGGAUGGCGUGCCGGCCACGCUCGCUUACAUCCCGGCUAAUCAAAACGACACCGCUCCGAAACUGAAGCCGUUCCCCAGCUGGAAGGAUAACACUCUAGGCGAUUGUUACGCUCUACAGUUCGUGCAGAACAUCGAAAUCGAUCGCAAUGGAAUUAUGUGGAUCCUGGAUAACGGUCGAGUCGGCACUUUGACUCAAAACCCGGACGCUAAGUGCCCGCCUUCCAUAGUGUUAAUUGAUUUGAAAACUGGUGAGAACAAAUUGGAACGUUACCCGCUGCCCGCAGACGUUGUAAACCCGAGCACGACGUACUUAAACGAUCUGGUGGUUGACAAUCGUGAUGGUGAUUUCGCGUACAUUACCGAUAAUAGCGCGGUAGAUCCCGGCAUUAUCGUGUUCCGAUUAAGUGAUAAAAAGUCGUGGAAGUUGCGUGACACGAAGUCAAUGUCGUCGGUUCCGGAAGCUGCUUUGUUCCGUAUAAACGGCACUACGGUGAACCUCCCCGUCAACGUCGACGGCAUCGCUAUGGGACCACAGUUCUUGACCGAAGAUGAGACUGUAGACCGUACGGUUUACUACUGCCCACUGUCGAGCUAUCAUAUUUACGCGAUCAACGCAUCGGUUCUACGAAAUGAAUCUCUUGGUCUCAAAGGCGAAGGCGCUAUACGCCCUUACGUUGUCGAUCUCGGCACCAAAGCUUCACAAACCGACGGCAUGAAAAUGGACUCAACGGGCACUCUCUUUUUCGGUUUGAUCGGUAACUCCACGAUAGCGGAGUGGAACACCACUGUCGAUUUCCGCACGGGUCAACGUACGAUCGCCCGCGAUCCGAAUUACAUCCAGUGGGUGGACCGUUUCACUUUCGACGAUCGCGGCAACUUGUACGUCGUCGUGAACAGAUUGUUUAACUUCGUGAAGAACCAAGUGUCUGUCGAGGAAGUUAACUACAGGAUUCUGAGGUCGUACACUGGUUUGAAGAGUUACGUUUUCGGCGAGGAUUUGAUGCCGACGAAGCCUCCGCACGCCGCUGCGACGGCUCCCACGCUCGCCGCGUCCUUGCUAGUGUUCGCUCUGGCACAUCUGCUCGUCUAGGACGGUAGUCCUACACCUUGGAGUCAAUAUGCGUCCGGACUGAUGCGUGUAACAUUACCAAAUAUUAAAGUUACCUUGACCUCGUGGUCUUUUCAGUGAUAAUCGCGGUGUAGAUAGCUUUGUAUAUUAUUACUAUAAGUGUAUUAUUACGGUGAUACUGCGUACGACCUUUGUGAUCGGAGUCGUGAUGAAGACGCUCCGUGCAUGUGGUACAAAAGGUCGGGGACGUGUUGUCAAAUGCCGCGUUUCACCACUCAACAUUCCAUCUGUAACUUUAAAUAAACAAAGGUGUAUCUGAGGUGUAUCUUUGUCACCGUUUGUACUUAGUUCGUACUUGGUUUGUUUAUUUAUUGUAAUACUUGGAAUGUUGGAUUAUACCUACGCAUUUUUGUACUGAAAAUGUUAUCUAUUAUUCUAAGAAAAUUUUCAGUGCAAGAGUUCGGUUUGUACUGUGGCAUGUCCGCAUAUAAGUAUCUAUUCAUUUCUUAAUCACUAAUAUUAAGUCGAUGGCCAAUGAAUUAUUAAUAGAGUUGUGGAGGUAAUCUGCUCAGGUACAUUAAGUUGGAAAGCUUAUUUAUUUUUAUCAUAUCAUUAUAAUAGUUAUUUAUGAUACAAGUGUGUGAAGAAUUUCAAUCCCGAAUUCCCGAACCAUAGGCAGGAAGGUCGUUCACCUUUCGAAUUUUACACACAUGUAUCACAUUGUGUUUUUUAAUACAUUUGCAAGUAAAAACCAUCUAAAAUUGCAAUACUAUCAGUAUACGACAGAAUUUUUUUUUUAUUUUAAUUUUUUAUUUAUUUACAAGUUAAUGGGCAUCAGUAACUAAACGCAUAAAUUAAGGUUUUUUUAGAUACCUAAUGGUUUUUCCUCAAAGAACUUUGCCAAGUCAUGUAUAUUUCUGCAAACUUAAAUGUCUAAAGUCAUCAUGAAAAUCUGAUGCAUUGCUUCGAAUUAGACUGAGAGACAAAUUAAUAAUUUCGAGUUUUGUACCUUUUGACUUUUUGUCAGUUUUGUUAAAUUAUAAGUACAGAAACCCGAUUGGUUUUCUACUAUUUUAUGCAUUUUAUCCCACAUUAUUAUUAAUAUUAUUUAAUUCAGUCAAUAAAUAGUCGUUUUACGAGCUAGUGUAUUGAAAAGCGAGUGUAUAGUGAUAAGGGGUAAUAUAAAAUGAAUGUAUGAUAGACCUCAUAAAAUAAAAUAACUGGAUAAUACGUGUUUUCUAACAUACGGUUGUGAGGUUGCGUGUGACUUGAAAUAAACGUGUUUAUCAUAUUAUAA